AUGCUAACAGGAUGGAGACUUGCCCUAUCUAAACUAUUCAUAAUACCCCAGCGGUAUGUGUUGGCCAUAAUGGCAUUGCUUGCCAUUGCCAACGCGUACACAAUGCGAGUUUGCCUGAACUUGGCCAUCACCCAGAUGGUGAAGAAGACGGUGGCUGUCGAAGGGGACGCGCACUUCGAUCCUGACGCGUGUCCAGAUAUGAAUGUCGUGUCAAACAGCAGUAUGACCGACCUCAAAAAUUUUUACAGACAGGAUGACGAAGUAGUUCUUUUUGAAUGGAGUGAAGCAACACAAGGGUUGCUUCUCAGCGCAUUCUACUAUGGCUACGUUUUAACCCAUAUACCGGGUGGUAUGUUAGCAGAACGAUAUGGUGGCAAAUGGGUACUUGGUCUUGGUCUCCUUUCGACAGCAAUUUGCACCUUUCUGACUCCAAUGAUGGUCAAAAUGGGUGGGGCUACUGCCCUAUUCAUACUCCGAGUUGUUGAAGGCUUUGGGGAGGGUCCAACGAUGCCGGCAUUAAUGGCUAUGGUGUCUAGGUGGUCUCCCAAAGAGGAACGAGCUCGUAUGGGAGCCAUUGUGUUUGGAGGUGCUCAGAUCGGAAACAUUGCGGGAUCAUAUUUCUCCGGUUUGAUUAUGCAUUCAGGGAGUUGGGAGAAUGUAUUCUACAUGUUUGGAGGCAUAGGACUUGCAUGGUUUAUUUUGUGGACGGUGCUUUGCUACAGUACACCGAAUACUCAUCCGUAUAUUUCUGACAGCGAAAAGAAGUUUUUGAACGAGAACGUUGAUUCAUUGAUACACAGCAAAAAACAGACUCUGGAUCCAGUGCCUUGGAAGGCAUUGCUUAGAUCAGUCCCACUAUGGUGCCUUAUUAUUGCCGCAAUCGGUCACGACUGGGGCUACUUUACAAUGGUCACAGAUUUACCUAAAUACAUGACCGACGUUCUUAAGUUCAACAUUAAGUCCGCCGGUCUGCUGUCUGCGAUUCCAUAUGUAGCGAUGUGGAUUGCCUCUUUCUUCUUCGGACUUCUGUGUGACUUCUGCGUGAAGAAUCGCUAUCACAGCAUAAAAAAUGCUCGAAAAAUUUAUACAACAAUUGCUGCCACGGGACCGGGAAUUUGCAUCAUUAUGGCUUCCUAUUCCGGUUGCGACACCACUUUGGCAGUCUUCUGGUUUAUUUUCGCGAUGACGCUUAUGGGUGCAUACUACAGUGGCAUGAAAAUCAAUGCUCUAGACAUUACACCCAAUUACGCUGGUACCACUACCGCUAUGGUGAACGGUAUUGCUGCCAUCUCAGGCAUCAUAUCGCCGUACUUGAUAGGCUUACUAACGCCACAAUCAACCCUGAAGCAGUGGCGCGUUGCAUUCUGGGUCUGCUUAGCAGUUUUAGUGAUAACAAACAUUGUGUAUAUAAUAUUUGCCAAAGGCGAACAGCUAUGGUGGGAUGAUGUUCAGAAACACGGAUACCCGGCCGACUGGAAGCAUGGUCCAUUACCAACGAAAUCCAAAGACACAGAAGAUUCAAAGAAUACCGAACGUACUGAGAAACAA